CUGUCUGGCUCGACGCGUCGCGCGACCGCGCCCAAAGGUCGUCGGACGACGAGCGCCACGUGCCGUACAACGCCUCUCUUCCCACCAGAACACUCGCCGCCCAAGUCGUCCACAUCCGCGCCGCCCGUCGCUCGCAGCGACGACCGCUCAAUUCGCUUCAAUUCGUGUCGCGGCGAACGCAGACUGACAGUGGCUGAAGAGGGCUGCCCACCGAGGGCAACAGCUUGCCAUGUCCGACUUUCCACCGCUCAAUAUCGCUCCUCAAGACGACGGCUCGGGCGUCGCCCCAGCCACCGUCGAGCCUGCACCGGAGCCCGUACCCAUCACGGACCAGGAGGUGGGCGAGUAUCGCGAACAGGACCGCUUUCUUCCGAUUGCGAACGUUGCGCGCAUCAUGAAAGCAGCCGUUCCGGGUACGGCGAAGAUAUCCAAGGAGGCGAAGGAGUGCGUGCAGGAGUGCGUCUCUGAGUUCAUCAGCUUCAUCACGUCGGAGGCGGCCGAGAAAUGCCAGAUGGAGAAGCGUAAGACGAUUGGCGGGGAGGACAUACUCUAUGCGAUGGCCACACUUGGCUUUGAGAACUACGCGGAGACAUUGAAGAUUCAUCUCGCAAAGCUGCGUCAGCACCAAACCGGAGCCGGCAGCGAGAAAAGGCCAGGGGAGCCGUCAGAUCCAGCGGCAGAGGACUAAUAUAAGAGAAAGUGCAGAUCGUGUUUGCUGUCGGACUGCUGUUUGUACAACAACCUACUUGUACUAUAUGUUCGGUGCCUUAAUAGUCCACGGAACCGCAGGCCGGCCGCUUUGUGACCCGCACCGAAGUCUCGAGAGGCAAACACGAUGACUGGAUGGGUGAAACUGGUAGGAACGCACAGAUUUACGAACUCUUAUUGUCGUCGUCGUUUGUCGAGUAUCCCCGUCGAGUGGACGUGAUGGGGUUUGAGAAUAUUAAUGGAUCCUCCUACGGUGGCAUUGAAG